GACGCCUCUCACUUCAAGCAGAAGUAUCUCCUGGACUUCAGCGGUCUCGGCCUGGACCUCUUCUGGGGCUUCUACAGUAAACUCAGGGAGAUUGAGGGAGAGGAGGUGCUGAAGAGCAGAGUCCUGCUGCUCCAGCUCAUGCAGAACUGUUUCCCCAUGCUGCCCAACCCGCUGGAGCCUCGGGGCCCGGGGGAGAGCCGGGGACCGGAGGACGGGGCCGGUCCGUCCACGUCCAGCGCCGCAGAGUCUCAGAGUGACUCUGUGAGGGCCGUCGGUGAACUCUACACUCACCUGUGCCACAUCGUGGACGGUCCGGAGGGCGAGACUUUAGUGGAAAAAGCUUUGCACAAGGAGACGGUGAAGGCCAUUCUCAACGGAGCGGCUGUCUUCUUCCCCGAUAAACACGUCAGACGGGACAAACUCUUCCACAUGAUGAAAAAUAUCACAGAACAGGAUCAGCCGGAGUCGGUGAAGGUGACGUUUGAGUCGCUGUGUAAUUACUUCAGCGACCAGGAUCCGAGCGGCCUCCUCCUGCUCCCGCCCAAAGGAGCUCCCUCAGACUUCGACAUCAGCCCCAUCCUGUCCGUGAUGGAGACGCUGCUGCUGGUGGCAACGAGAGAGUGUGAGGUUCUGAUGGUGGACGAGAGCAGCGGAGCCAGCAGGACCGUGCUGCUGUCCCUGUUCUGGGCUCUGCAGGGCAGCCUGCUCUCCUGGUGCUACCUGCAGCUCAAAGGAGGAACGUCCACCGCCGUCGCCAUGGAGCUCGCCAGAGACAUCCUGCUCAAAUACGUGGAUCAGUUCCUGGGAAGCGUCAGAGGGAUCCUCGGCUCCCUGCUGGAGAGAUACUCUGGAGCUGCCGUCACGGACAAACUGGGCAGCUCCAUCCUGGCCACAGUCUUCAGACAGCUGAUGAUUUUGCUCCUGGAGCUCUGCUCUCUGGACAUCCCUCACAGCGUGCUGCUCAGCAGCUUCUCCUCUCUGGUCGAGCUGCUCAAAAGUCUGUCCAGUGACACCGGAGACAUCUUCUCCAAGGCGGAUCAGGAGAGCUGGCAUCAGCCCCAGCAGCCGGUGAUGCUGAGGACCUGGAGCCUGGAGUCCCCCCACAACUACGAGAACAGCCGCCACGAGACCAGCAUCUUCGCCUGCCCGGGCGCCACCUCCUUUGAGGUGGAGUUUGAUGAACGCUGUGAGACAGAGAAGAGAUACGACUACCUGGAGUUCACCGACUCGAGAGGCGGGAAGGUUCGCUACGACAUGAAAGUUGGAAGUGAAAAGUGGCCGAAGAAGGUGACGUUUGACGCCGGCCCUCAGCUCCAGUUCCUCUUCCACUCUGACAGCAGCAACAACGAGUGGGGCUACAAGUUCACCGUGACGGCGCUGGGCCUGCCAGACAUCACCAUUUCCUGGAUGUCCGACCUGCAGCUGCUGGUGGCUCGCCUGAUGGGUCGUCUCGCCUCCAGGACGCUCGCCCUGAAAUCCCCUUACGAGAUUCGCACCGUAAAGGAGCUUCCAGCAGGAAAAAUGUCCCACGUUCAGUCCUCUCCUUUAUGGAGGCCUGUUCUGAGACACGGUUUGUGUGAAACGAGGGAGAAGAAUCAGAGUAAAACGCCCACAGACCAG